UUUACACCGGAAGUACAUGUGUUGUUUUAGGGUAUCACUUCCGGCUGCUGCUGCUCGCUUGUUCUUGUUGUUGUAAAGAGUUGCUACAACAUCGCUGAGCGACCAGAGGAAUAGUCUGCGGAUAAAAAUACAGCAAGAUGGGGAAAAAACACAAGAAACAUAAACCGGAGUGGAGAACAGUUGAUGGCUAUGAGGACAAGGCUAGUGAGAAACCCCUGAAGCUUGUGCUGAAAGUUGGAGGCAGUGAGGUGACAGAGCUCUCUGGUUCGGGCCAUGACUCCAGUUACUACGAUGACAGAUCAGACCAUGAGCGAGAACGCCACAAAGAGAAAAAGAAGAAGAAGAAGAAAAAGUCUGAAAAGGAUAAAGACAAAUAUGUGGAUGAUGACGAGAGAAGACGGCGGAAGGAGGAAAAGAGGAAGAAGAGAGAGCGAGAACAGAAUGAAUCAGAGGCAGGAGCUUCUACUGCUGCCAACACUGGUGUGCCUGUUGAACCUUUCACUUUGCCAAAAAAUAUAAGUAUCGGAUUAGAGCCGGAAGAGAAGAAAAAGAAGAAAGAGCGAGAAAAAGAUCGAGAAAGAGAUCGAGAAAGAGAGCGAGAAAGAGAGCGAGAAAGGGAUCGAGAAAGAGACCGAGAAAGAGAUCGUGAAAGAGAGCGAGAAAGAGAGCGAGAAAGAGAGCGAGAGUUUGAGCUAGAGCCUGAAGAGGAUGAGUUUCACCCCGAUGACAAGUCAGAUCCAGAUCAGCAAGGAGACAGGCCGGUCCGAGCAUGCAGGACACAACAAGAGAGUGAAUCCACUCCUCGUCAACAACUGCUGGAGCACUUUCUUAGGCAGUUGCAGAGGAAAGACCCCCAUGGAUUCUUCUCAUUUCCAGUAACGGAUGCGAUUGCUCCUGGUUACUCAAUGAUCAUCAAACAUCCUAUGGACUUCAGCACCAUGAAAGACAAGAUUAGAAACAAUGACUACAACACGGUUACAGAAUUUAAGGCGGAUUUUAAACUGAUGUGUGACAAUGCCAUGGUGUACAACCGACCGGAGACUGUCUAUUACAAGGCUGCCAAGAAACUGCUCCAUACAGGAUUCAAGAUGAUGAGCAAGGAACGGCUGGUGGCUCUGAAACGCAGCAUGUCUUUCAUGCAGGAAAUGGACUAUAACCAGCAGGCAGCUAUUCUGGGAGAUGAAGACCUUGCAGCGGACAUACCUGCUCCAGAGAUAAUCCCCACCCCAGUGGAAUCAGCUAAGAAGUCCAAGAAACAACCAGCCAAAGACAGUGAAGUCAUCAGUUACCUGUUUGAACCAGAGGGGAACGCGUGCAGCUUGACUGACAGUACAGCAGAGGAGCAUGUCCUGGCACUCGUUGAGCAUUCUGCAGAUGAAGCUCGAGAUCGGAUCAACAGAUACAUGCCCAACUCCAAGAUGGGCUAUUUGCGUAAAGAGCAAGACAGUUCUCUUCUAUACACUGUUGUAAAUCAGCUUGAUCCUGAAGCAGAAGAAGAGGAGACUCAUAAAGUGGACCUUAGUUCUCUGUCAAAUAAGCUUCUGCCUGGAUUAACAACCUUGGGUUUCAAAGAUGACAGGAGACACAAAGUGACGUUCCUGAGCAGUGCCUACAACACUCAGACCCUUCAGAAGAACUCCGUAUUUCCAGACCUGCUACCUGAUGAGGUGGACACGCUCUAUACAGCCUAUGGAGAUGACACAGGGGUACAAUGUGCUCUCAGCAUACAGGAGUUUGUCAAGGGUUGCGGAAAUGUCACGAAGGAUUGGGUCGACAGGCUUCUGGACAAGAUGACCGCAGACGAUCACACUAAAGCUGUCAGUCAAAUCCGAGAGAAAAGAAACAUCACGCUAAAACCUGAUGAAACCAAAUCCAACAUCUGUGACAUGCAGAUGACAGACGGCACUGGCCUGGGAGAGAGUGGCUCAGUCCUGGACUUCAUGUCGAUGAAGAACUAUCCUGAUAUGUCUCUGGAUAUAUCCAUGCUGAACUCAUUAGAUAAAACAGUGAAAAAGGAGCCGGGCAAUGAGGAGGGCCAGCAGCACUUUGACGAAGCAGACAAACUCCUGCAGGAGUUCCAGGAGGCUCAGGUGGACAGAGUCGGCUCCAGACCCUCGUCCAACCUGUCCUCCCUCUCUAAUGCCUCAGAGAGGGACCAGCACCACUUAGGGAGCCCGUCACACCUGGGCGUCGGGGACCAGUCUGAAAUGGUUCAUGAUCCCUACGAGUUUCUGCAAUCUCCAGAGCCAGAGAGCGCAGCCAACAGCUGACCACACACACUGCCAUUUUCUUAUCCUGGUGUUAACAGCACUGGGUACCCGGUCUUGGACUGUUCAAACACCGUGGAGACAGCAGGAGCUUCUGACCUGUGUUAAAGACUGAAUAUGAUUUGUACAGAGUGUUUGUAGUGUAAUUGUAUGGUUUUGUAUGAGUGCAAUAAAUAAAUACUUGCACCUGUAUAAA